GGUGCUGGAGGAGCUGGGACACUUGAGGGACAGCGGCUGAGGCUGUGGGCUGGAUUUGGCUGGGCCAUGGUGCAGCUGGAGCUGUGGGCAGCCGCGGCACUGAUGCUGCUGGGGGCGGCCGUCAGCCUCUGCGUCAGGUGCCAGCGCUGGGCUACCAAACGGGAGACACAGCUGAAUGAGCAGAGGAACCAGUUUGAAAGCCAGCAGAGAUUUGAGGUGAUUCGAUCCCAUACCAUUGCAACCCGAAGGCUGGAAAAAAGUAAAGAACCUGAAAAGUUAUCAAUAGCAAGUAAAGCCACUGAAGAGCUCAGUGCUUCCCAUCACACUGGAUAUGGGAGCAGGGACGAGUGCAGGUACCAGAAUUUCCUGGCAGAGAACUGCCUGCAAGAAGAUACUGCCUAUGUGGAGCCCCUGUCUCUGGAUCACUACUACAAUUGCACCAGGUUCUUCAAACCACCCCGUGAGAAAGACGAGGAUUGCUAUUCCUAUGAAAAUGUCACCAUUGGAGUGUCUCAGGGCUCUGAUUCAGAUGAGGCUGUAGACUAUGAGAACAGCAUGACAAUACUCACAUGGAAACUCCAGCAAGGGCAAGCCCCAGUGACAGAAAGCCUGGAUGAUGAGCCAGACUACAUCAACACGGGUCCUGUGUCAGGCCCUGCCCUGCUACCAGAGCAAAGGAAGAAACAGAGUAAAUGUAUUCUGCAUAAAGUCUGAAGAAAUCUUUUGCUGAGCUGUAAGAGCGCACCCAGCGAACACGCACACAGGGAGAGGGGAGAUUUCCAUCCCUCAGUGAAACCUCUUCUCCAAACUGUGCCUGCAGUGACGUAGAAGGGGUGCUACUGAAAGAAGAACUGCACUGCUUGAAGCCCCACAGAAGUCCAACUGCAAACCAGCAACUGGAGAGAGCACUCUGCCCCCAGCGACCAUGGGCGAGCCCCAGGCUCCUCAUCCCAAUCUCAUUUCCCUGCAUGUCCACUUGACGAUGGCCAGUCUGGACAAUGUUUUCUCCUGUCAGGCAUGAAAUGAAUCCUUAACUUGCUGAGCAGUAAUGGAGCCAGCUACUUAAUUUGUCAGGGUGACUCAUGCACCAUGGUGUUAAACCAUAGGGAUUAUGUUCUGAUUUAGUUCCUGUGCUCUCCUAUAGAAGCAGUUUCCUACGUGAGAGGAACUGGCGAGGCAGAGGUGGUGUUUAUAACAGCAGUGGUUGUCUGGAGCUGAAUGAGAUUCCAACCUGUUCACAAAAGCUAAAGAGGAUUAAAUGCCUGCCUUAUCCAUGGGCAUGUAAUUCCAAGUGUUGGUCUAUGGCAGUUUUCCUCAUGUUUCAGUAUCUGUUUUAAAAUUAUACAAAGAACAGCAGCAACUGUGAGAGUCAGACCCACAGCCACCAGCCUCAGAAACUGUACCAGUCCCUCAAAUGGCUGUUGGAGCAUCAUCCCCGAAACAGAAUCCCUAUCUCCUGAGCCCUGAUGUACAGAUGUGGCAGUUCUGGAACACUUAUUUAU